AUGCCGCCGGUGGUCCCGAGGUCCGACAGGAUAGUUCGCCGGACGGCGAUGGUCGGCGCAGCCACCGCCGCCUACUUGCUCCUCACCGCCGACUACGGCCCCAGCUACCCCAACCCCAUACGGAAUGCCAUGGAGUCGUUGGCUCUGUUCUCCAAAUCAAACACAGACCGGGAUAAUGUUCAUCAGGCUGCUGAACAAGAAACAAGUAACAUGAAGCCAGAUGGUACGAGGCAUGCUAUUGCUAGCGUGAUCGUUUCAGUGCUAUAA